CCCAAGAGAGAACUCAAGUGACUCUGGCUCCAGAGAUUGCAGGAGGCCUAGGCUCCCAGUCAUCAGAUAACUCAGAGUGACCAACUGACACUCUAAUUUUCUAGGGCACUGCUUCCUCCCCUGAGGUACUUACUGAGUGACUGCCCAGUAUGGAGCUAAGGGAGCAGUCCAGUUACUACUUUCUCCAACCACCUUGGUACCUUCAGCCCUGAAGUACAGAGCUGAAGGGUCUUAGAAGACAGGCUACAGCUGUGUGAGUGUCCUGUCGAACCCCACCCCCCACCCCGUGACCUUAGACAAUCUGUGAGCUCACCUAAGCCUUGUUUCCCAAUCUGGAAACGUGAGCCCCUUGACCUUGUGGAAUUGUGGAGGAGGGAGUACUGCACAGCACCUAACGCACUAAGGUUUCCCACACAGCUACCUGAGAAACUGAAGUCGAAGGAUAAAUACCCCAAAAGAUAAACUAACUCCAUCUUCCGAUUUGCAAGCUGCCUCAACAAGAGGGUGGGGAAACAGGUCCACGAAAGGCUGAUGGGAGCUCCUGGUGUUGACAGAGAUGGAACUGGGACUUGGAGACCCUACUGCAUCGCCCCACUGCCCCCGGCCUAGGUGGCAGCCAAUCUUGUGGCCAACCCUAGCUGCUAUUGCCCUGCUGAGCAGUCUCACAGAAGCCUCCCUGGACCAGAUGUCUCCCAGCCUCGCCACUCGCGAUGGUCCCUCGCCGGUCCUGGCACCCCCCACGGACCACCUGCCUGGGGGACGCGCUGCGCAUUUGUGCAGCGAAAGAACCCUGCCACCACCGCCGCAGUCUCCCCAGCCCGCACCCCCGCCGCCAGGUCCCGGGUUCCAGUCUCCUCCCGCUGCGCUCCGCGGGGCACGAGCAGCGCGUGCCGGGACCCGGAGCAGUCGCGCGCGGGCCACAGAUGAGCGCGGCUGCCGCCUGCGUUCGCAGCUGGUGCCUGUGAGCGCGCUCGGCCUGGGCCACAGCUCCGACGAGCUGGUCCGUUUCCGCUUCUGCAGCGGCUCGUGCCGGCGAGCACGCUCCCCCCACGACCUCAGCCUGGCCAGCCUGCUGGGCGCCGGGGCCUUGCGGUCGCCCCCCGGGUCCCGGCCGAUCAGCCAACCCUGCUGCCGGCCCACUCGCUAUGAAGCCGUCUCCUUCAUGGACGUGAACAGCACCUGGAGGACCGUAGACCACCUCUCCGCCACCGCCUGCGGCUGUCUGGGCUGAGGAUGAUCUCCAAGCCUUUGCACACUGGACCUUCUUUAUCCACGUGUCGCCGCCCUACCUGGAACAAACCCUCCGGGACUCAGUAGCCCGGAG